GCGAGGAAGUAACUCCAGGAUGUUUCUGGAAGAACUAACUGACGGGCGUAAACACUGUCCCAUACAACUUUGGUAAUCUUGUCUAGCCAGCUUAUGCAUAUAAGUAUAUGUUUUGGGAUGGUUACAUAUCGUUAUGUCGGUACAAGUUAGGACCUGAACAUCGUUUGAGAGAAUAAACAACAUUUAGCUAGCUAGCUAACUAUCAGAUCAGGAGGCGUGAGAGGGUCGCUAGCCAGCAGCAUGUCGGUCCACUUCGAGGAGAGAAGUGGUGUUAUCCCGUGUAAUACACCAUGGGGAAACUGGUCCCAAACCAUGGAGGAGGUAUUUAUUGAAGUGAAUGUACCACAUGGGACGUCUGGCAAAGAAGUCAAAUGUAAUCUGGGAUCCAAACAGAUAGAACUACACGUCAAAGGACAACAAGUCUUCAAGGGUAAAUUAUUUGGCAUCACUGUUGCUGAUGAAGGAACGUGGACAUUAGAGGAUAAGUGUCUGAUCCGUAUCGUGCUGAUGAAGACGAACAGGGAGGCAGGUAACUGCUGGUCCUCUCUGCUAGAGGGAGAGUACUGUGCUGAUGCCUGGCUCCAGGACCAGAUGCAGAGGAAACUAACUCUGGAGAGAUUCCAGAGGGAGAACCCUGGCUUUGACUUCAGUGGAGCAGAGAUCUCUGGGAACUUUGCAGGUGGUGGGCCAGACUUCUCCAGCUUGCAGAAGUGACAGUUAAACAGCAAAAGGGACCCACCCACUGUACAGUAUGCCCGACUGUCAUAUGGACACUGUUGAGGCUUGCCAAGGCCUACAGGUGAAGAGAUUGUGCUGCAUUCAUAACCAAGUGGGAAGGUGGUAUUUACCACAUACGACUGGGGAUAAUCCGUUUGAAGGCCCCUCCAACUGGUAAUUACCGGUGGGAAACUGUUUUUAUUUAAUAUCGGCUAUCAUCCCUGAGCGCCGACUUCUCCCACAUGCUGACCUGUCACCUACAAAUGAAAUUUCAGCAGUUAAAUCUAAAUGUUUUUGAACACUAAUUUGUUUACAAGCACGAUAGUUGAUGCAGCUUGGUGUUUCGUAAAUGUUCAAAGUAUAUGAAUGCAUACAACUGGUAAUUACCACCUUCCCGCUAGGUUAUGAACUCAGGAUGAGCAAGUUGCCUUUGGGCAAAGAAUAGACAAUGAUUAGAAUAUUCUAUCAUUUGAAACUAUAAGCCAUACCUGUACAAACCCACCCCUGCCUUUUCUUUCAACCCUUGUAUGCAUUUAGGAUUUUUUAUUUUAUUCUUUCAGACUACAUUGCCAUAAUUCAGUUAACUAGCUGUCGGUAUGGAAAUCUGCUGUGGAUUUAUAAUAAAUUGUUGAAAAGUUGUC